UUCGUGCUAAUCUCCUCGGCUCGUGAUAAGCUCUAUCACUUGAACAUGUCGCCUUCUAUUAUUGUUACAUUCUCUUUUCUGGCCGUUUCCAACACUUUUUCUCUCUCUUUAUUUAAUGUACACGACAAGACAAACAUAAUUUAGACAUUCAUAUAUGUACGUCUUGACCCGAGUUUCAGUUUUAAUUUUUUAUUUUUAUAUUCUAUUUGCGUGUGUAUGAAUGAAAGUAUUGAGAAAGCAGCUGGAAAAUGAAGAAAGAAGAAUCGAAUCCUCCUCUACCCGACGGGAAACGAACUGUAUUAGAACGAGUGAACAGCGAUCCCGUCGCCUGUGAUCUGACCAUCAGUCUGUUUGUGGCUGCCGUCCAUAGUUAUCGUCAUGAUUCUGUCUUGAGACCGUUUCCUCCGGCAUUUAUCAAAGAAGGUUUCGAAAAAGACAAGAAGGCACUGGAACAAGCUGUAAAAGAUAUUCCUUCCAUGGCACAGCUGGAGCCAUCUUUUGACAGUCUACCAGAAUCAACAGUAAAUUUACUUAUGUGGCACUUCAACAAUAAAUACUUCACUCUUAAAACAAGAGACAAAAAUGAUUAUUACGACAUUUUGAGCCUGACCGAAAGCCGGGAACCUACAUCAGUGGAACCAAGUCACGUGUUUGAGGUACUUCCAAGUCAGCUCAGUCAAUCGAAGUUUGAGCAACUCCAACAAGGGAGACAAAUACUGUAUGCCUAUCAUGGUAGCCGGGUGGAAAACUUUUAUUCAAUCCUCCACACAGGAUUAGCUUCUCAUAUGAAUAAGAAUGGUAUAUUUGGAGAAGGUACUUACUUAUCAAGUGAGCUAUCUGUCUCUCUACACUACAGUCCUGCUGGUUUAGGCUGGUCAAAAAGCUGGCUGGGCAAUCGAUUGAGUUGUGUUGCUGUAUGUGAAAUUAUUGAUGACCCUUCUGUCAAAUGUCAACCUAAAGGAGACACUGAGUUGAAACGGUCACGUGCUCUGUUACCUAAUAGUAUUGCUGGUGAAGUACCAGAGAAAUACUAUGUAAUCAGAAAUAAUGAUGUAAUAAGAGUCAAAUAUCUGCUCGUCUAUGCUGAUAAACCAUCUAAUAACAAAUUACGGAAUCGUAUGUCAUGGUUCAGUCAACAUAAAUUUGCAUUACUAAUGGCAUUUUAUUUCCUACUCUUAGUAAUUAUUGGAUUGGCCAAUUCUAAACAAUUUAAACAAAAUGUAAAACGGUUGUUUAAGUCUUGAUUUUUUUUUUUUGUUAAUUUAGACUGAUGUAAUUAACAAAAGCAAAAACCAAAAAAACAAAAAAAACAAAAUGAAAGAAAAUGGGAAUCUGCAAUUCCAUGCUCUUGAUUUAUAUUAUCUGCUUGUUGCUAAACAACAUUGAGUUUAUACACCUUCCCAGACAAUGCUUUAUCAUAUGUUUUUACAAGAGAGAUAAGACAAACAUUUAGUCAUCUAUUAUGUGUAAGCAGACAACAUACUUAGUUUUGCUGAGACUAUUUGGGGUAAGGAAACACAUGUGACCAGAAACCAAACUGUCAUAAUUUCAAAAUCUCCUGGGACUCAAUUUCCAAUCAGACCUGGAGACUUUCAAAUUGUAAGUCUGGUUUUAACUCCCGACUGAUUUUAGCAGCAACAUCAAUAAUGUUUCCAUACACGUUUUCAUUGUAUGUGUAUUUAUGUCAUACGAUGUAUGGGUGAAAGGGAUAAACAUGAAGUUAUAUUUCUAUUUGUUCUAUGACUUUCAUUGUGGAUUAAAUAAAUAUUACAUACAAAGGGUGAGUCAGUCAUUUGCAAUGCACUUAUAAAAAAUUGUCGGCAAUGAUGAUUUUGUUUUUUUCUUUCAAGAAAGUGCCACCUUCAUUGCUAUAGUGAUUCUAAGUCAUUGGCAGAUUUCAAAAUUGAAUGCUUGUACAAUUGUGUGAGUUGUUUUGGAACCCAUCUUAACCCUUUAGCGUUCAGAUUACUCUGUCAAAUGUAAUGCUUAUUUAUUCACAUAGUUUGAAUUAAUCAUUAUCUUGUGGCUUUGAAAUUUCAAAGAUGUGAUUGUUUAUUUUUAGAAUGGCAUUGCAGAGUACAUAUGAGAGGCUGGAUAUGACCAGUUUGAACAUAAAACAGGUAGAAUAUUUUGGCCGGAUAUGGCCAGUUUAAAUACUAAAGGGUUAAAAUUUACUUGAAGCCAAAUUAGUUAUGGAGGAGUUCACAAGCAGAACAUAAUUUGAAUAUUAUUCCUCACUUCAUCAAGUCAUCCAAUCAUCUGUUUAACAGAACCAUGACAUGGAUAUGUUCAGUAUUACCAUCGACACAAAAUGUGGUUGGGCACCUGGUUACUUGAUAUGUGGCACUUGUGUGACCAUUUUUGAAACUUUUUCAAUGCAUUCAUCGACAAUCUGUAAUAGCAUGACCCUAUUCCCACACUUUACUGAAAGCCUUUGAUAGAUUUCAGCUCCUGAUACAUAUUCAACCCACAAGAAAUGGAUCACUGAACGUUGCUCUUCUUUACAGUAAACUAAAAGUGGUGCAGCUUUGGUUAACAUAACAAGAAAGACAACUAAAUUGAAAUUUCAAGUUCAAACCUGAAUUAUAGUGAUUAAAAGAUCACAACUAAUUUUCUCUCUGAAAUGAGAAACAUAAGAGCUUUGCAAACUAAUGAUUCACCUUCAUGUAUAUAUAUAUAUAUAUAUAUAUAUAUACACACUUACAUAUCUGACAUUAUUUACACAAUAUCAGUUUUGAUUUGUUACUAAGGAAUUCCUUAUACACACACACACAUAUAUAUAACUACCUGAUAGUUUUGAUUAGUAGAUGCAUUUUAUAUAUAUAAUAUAUAUAUGCUAAAAAGGCAAACCAGUGGAUUCAGACAGAAAUAAAAAGGUUUUUAAUUUAAA